AUGGCUCGCCCGAAAGCAACAGCUGAUGAUAAAGCGCAGAAGGCAGCGAUUCGCGCCCUGAAGGAGCCUUUGGCAGCCAGAACAGAAUAUUCACCUUGGUUUUUCCUCCCAAACGAAUGGCAAGUGCAAAUGGACCUUAGCAAACUCCACCAACCUCCCCCUGCCAUACCCAAAUGGCCACAGAAGACAAUGACCAUGACUAUGAUUCCAGCCGGAAUUGUCAAAGACAGACCACACGAUUGGGACGACGGAGGCUACUGGAUCAAGUUCAACUAUACCACCGCAUUUCUCAAAUUUCAGGUACUUCACCAUGGGUACAGGUGGCGGAUUCGAGCGGAAAACCGUUAA